CCCAGCACUUGGUGAGCAGAUCACAUUGCAAUCACGCUGCUAAGGGCUGGUUAGGGACAAGGCUACAGCAAGAUCUCUUCCAGUGUUAGGUGUAUAAAGACAGGACCAUGUGCGCAGCGCUCCUGAGCAGGCUACUCACUCUAGGGCUGGUGUUAGGAAGCUUUCAUGCUGUUUUUGGAACAGAUGCCACUGAUCUACCAGAUAACCCACAGGACAGAGAGAAGUUGGCGACUAAGCAAAACGGUCGACUUUCACUGCAGAACACAGCUGAGAUACAACACUGUCUGGUGAAUGCUGGAGACGUGGGAUGCGGAGUCUUUGAAUGCUUUGAGAACAAUUCCUGUGAGAUCCAGGGCCUCCAUGAGAUUUGCAUGACCUUCCUUCACAACGCUGGCAAAUUUGAUGCGCAGGGAAAGUCAUUUAUAAAAGAUGCUCUGAAAUGCAAAGCCCAUGGAUUGAGACACAAAUUCAGCUGUAUCAGCCGUAAGUGCCCUGCUAUUAAAGACAUGGUGUAUCAGCUCCAGAAGGAAUGUUAUGCAAAGCACGACCUCUGCUCCGCUGCCAAAGAAAAUGUCCAAGUGAUUGUAGAGAUGAUUCACUUCAAAGAUCUCCUGUUACAUAAGCCUUAUGUUGAUCUUGUAAACUUUCUUCUAACCUGUGGUGAUGAUGUGAAGGACGCAAUUACGCGCAAUGUGCAGGCCCAGUGUGCUCAUCACUGGGGACGGCUGUGCUAUAUCCUUAGUGUUUGUACGUCUGCCAUGCAAGGGGAUGGUAUUAUGGUGGCAAGUGCAAGCCCUGUGAAAAAACAGGGGGAAACUGGCAAGUCCUCCCGAACUCAUAGUGAGUCACCCUCUCAAUCAGAUGUUGAAAGUGGGAAGACCUCCAAAAAUGAAAAGGAAAAAAACAGCAAAGCACACUCAAAUGUUCAUGUCCGUGCAAAGACUGGUUAUCACCCUAAAACGUCUUAUAGUGCUUCUGAGCUUUCUGAUGAACCGGCUGGUUUAUCAGAUAUUCGAAGGUGAAAUUUAGCUGUCACCAGUUUACUGCGUCUUUCCAAUGAGACAACUGUCAUGAUCUUUUUUUAUGGACAUUCCAAAGCAUAUACCAUUCAAGAGGGCAAUGCUUUGCCUACAAUGCAUUAUACUGUAGGAUUCAAAAGCUACUACACUUAAACUUCCUUUGGGCUGUAUAAAACUGAGCCACUUAUGACUACACCUUUUACUACAUAACAGGAAAGAAUUUAGAGAAUGGUAUAGGCCAUUAAAUAUUAAAAAAAAUGUGGCUCAGUUGAAAAUAAAAAAUCUCGUUAAGGCACCAAAGAUGUUUGUUAUAGUUCCUGAAAGUUAGAUUAUAAUAAUAUUGACAUCUAUAUUUUGUUGUGAUGCUACAAAAAAAAGACCCAUUAUGAUUUGAGUGCAAUUAGAUGCUGUUCUAUAGAGAUUCUAGGCGCAAUUAAAUGCUUUUCUAUAGAGAUUCCAGGUACAAUUAUAUGCUCUUCUAUAGAGAUUCCAGGUACAAUUAAAUGCUCUUCUAUAGAGAUUCCAGGUACAAUUAGAUGCUGUUCUAUAGAGAUUCCAGAUACAAUUAGAUGCUGUUCUAUAGAGAUUCUAUGAACAAUUAAAUGCUAUUCUAUAGAGAUUCCAGGUACAAUUAGAUGCUGUUCUAUAGAGAUUCCAGGUACAAUUAAAUGCUCUUCUAUAGAGAUUCCAGGUACAAUUAGAUGCUCUUCUAUAGAGAUUCCAGGUACAAUUAGAUGUUCUUCUAUAAAGAUUCUAGGUACAAUUAGAUGCUCUUCUAUAGAGAUUCUAGGUACAAUUAGAUGAUCUUCUAUAGAGAUUCCAGUUACAUUUAGAUGCUCUUCUACAGAGAUUCCAGAUACAAUUAGAUGCUCUUCUAUAGAGAUUCCAGAUACAAUUAGAUGCUCGUCUAUAAAGAUUCUAGGUACAAUUAGAUGUUCUUCUAUAAAGAUUCUAGGUACAAUUAGAUGCUCUUCUAUAGAGAUUCUAGGUACAAUUAGAUGCUCUUCUAUAGAGAUUCCAGUUACAAUUAGAUGCUCUUCUAUUGAGAUUCCAGGUACAAUUAGAUGCUCUUCUAUAGAGAUUCUAGGUACAAUUAAAUGCUCUUCUGUAGAGAUUCUAGGUACAAUUAGAUGCUCUUCUGUAGAGAUUCCAGGUACAAUUAGAUGCUCUUCUAUAGAGAUCGCAGGUACAAUUAGAUGCUCUUCUAUAGAGAUUCUAGGUACAAUUAGAUGAUCUAUAGAGAUUCCAGGUACAAUUAGAUGCUCUUCUACAGAGAUUCCAGGUACAAUUAGACGCUCUUCUAUAGAGAUUCUAGGUACAGUUAGAUGCUCUUCUAUAGAGAUUCCAGGUACAAUUAGAUGCUCUUCUACAGAGAUUUCAGGUACAAUUAGAUGAUCUUCUAUAUAGAUUCUAGGUACAAUUAGAUGAUCUUCUACAGAGAUUCCAGGUAUAAUUAGAUGCUCUUCUAUAGAGAUUCUAGGUACAAUUAGAUGCUCUUCUACAGAGAUUUCAGGUACAAUUAGAUGAUCUUCUAUAUAGAUUCUAGGUACAAUUAGAUGCUCUUCUAUAGAGAUUGCAGGUACAAUUGGAUGUUCUUCUAUAGAGAUUCUAGGUACAAUUAGAUGCUCUUCUAUAGAGAUUCUAGGUACAAUUAGAUGCUCUUCUAUAGAGAUUCUAGGUACAAUUAGAUGUUCUUCUAUAGAGAUUCCAGGUACAAUUUGAUGCUCUUCUAUAGAGAUUCUAGGUACAAUUAGAUGCUCUUCUAUAGAGAUUCCAGGUACAAUUAGAUGUUCUUCUAUAGAGAUUCUAGGUACAAUUAGAUGAUCUUCUACAGAGAUUCCAGGUACAAUUAGAUGCUCUUCUAUAGAGAUUCCAGGUACAAUUAGAUGAUCUUCUAUAGAGAUUCUAGGUACAAUUAGAUGAUCUUCUAUGGAGAUUCUAGGUACAAUUAGAUGCUCUUCUAUAGAGAUUCCAGUUACAAUUAGAUGCUCUUCUAUAGAGAUUUCAGGUUCAAUUAGAUGCUCUUCUAUAGAGAUUCUAGGUACAAUUAAAUGCUCUUCUGUAGAGAUUCUAGGUACAAUUAGAUGCUCUUCUAUAGAGAUUGCAGGUACAAUUAGAUGCUCUUCUAUAGAGAUUCCAGGUACAAUUAGAUGCUCUUCUAUAGAGAUUCUAGAUACAAUUAGAUGCUCUUCGAUAGAGAUUCCAGGUACAAUUAGAUGCUCUUCUAUAGAGAUUGCAGGUACAAUUAGAUGCUCUUCUAUAGAGAUUCCAGGUACAAUUAGAUGCUCUUCUAUAGAGAUUUUAGGUACAAUUAGAUGCUCUUUUAUAGAGAUUCUAGGUACAAUUAUAUGUUCUUCUAUAGAGAUUCCAGGUACAAUUAGAUGCUCUUCUACAGAGAUUUCAGGUACAAUUAGAUGCUCUUCUAUAGAGAUUCCAGGUACAAUUAGAUGCUCUUCUAUAGAGAUUCUAGGUACAAUUAGAUGCUCUUCGAUAGAGAUUCCAGGUACAAUUAGAUGCUCUUCUAUAGAGAUUCUAAGUACAAUUAGAUGCUCUUCUAUGGAGAUUCCAGAUACAAUUAGAUGCUCUUCUACAGAGAUUCCAGAUACAAUUAGAUGCUCUUCUACAGAGAUUCCAGGUGCAAUUCGAUGCUCUUCUAUAGAGAUUCCAGAUACAAUUAGAUGCUCUUCUAUAGAGAUUCCAGGUACAAUUAGAUGCUCUUCUACAGAGAUUUAAGGUACAAUUAGAUGAUCUUCUAUAGAGAUUCUAGGUACAAUUUAGAUGCUCUUCUAUAGAGAUUCUAGGUACAAUUAGAUGCUCUUCUAUGGAGAUUCCAGAUACAAUUAGAUGCUCUUCUAUAGAGAUUCUAUUUACAAUUAGAUGCUCUUCUACAGAGAUUUCAGGUACAAUUAGAUGAUCUAUAGAGAUUCCAGGUACAAUUAGAUGCUCUUCUACAGAGAUUUCAGGUACAAUUAGAUGCUCUUCUAUAGAGAUACCAGGUACACCUUUGGUGCAUGAAUUGCAGGUAUAUAAAGUUUAAAAAACUGGGAAUACUUUGAUAUCCUCUCUGUUAGACUCAGUGCUGAUUAUACAAAAAAAAUAGUAGUAUUGUACAGUAAACAAAUAACCCCAAAAAGAAAUUUAAAUACUUUGUAUAGUAUCCAAUACCUCCUUCUUUGUCAUGUUCAAGAACACAAACAAAAUGCUGCGCAAAGGGAAAAUGGAGAAUGUUUCUGUAUCAGUAUGAAUCCGAGGAAAGCAUUGAAUGUCUUGUUCAACAGAUCACCUCAGCAUGCAUUAUAAAUGUCUAUAUAUACAUGUAUAGGUUAAUUAGUCUAUUAUAUACCAAAUGUGUUGAUAUAAUGAAUACUGCUGCCAUUGUGUGCGUGAGUUUAUACAUGGGUUUGUGUGUGUGUGUACAGAAUACGUACGUAUAUACAAUGUGAGAAAGUUCAGGGUUUGUAUGAAUUUAAUGUUUUGUAUUUGUUUACAUGUAUAUCUACUGUUUCAGAUGUUACUGUUAGUGUAUAUAUUUAAUGCCUAUAUUUAUUGUAUUGUCUUCCUUAAACACACGUUUAUAAAUUUCUGUACACAAAAACAUUGAUAUUCUGAUAACAUGUAAGCACAUAUAACUAUUUUUUUAUUAUUAUACAUUUGUACAAACACAUAUACAGACACUUUGUUGCUGGCUCAGCUAAUUUAAAUGUACAUCUCCCUACUCUCUGUUGUACAUAUUUUAAGCCACUAGUACAUUUUGUUACGCAACUUUAAUAUAAUUUUAUAUAAUUCUAUAAUGUUAUUGACAUCAUAUCACAUUAUUUAUUGCUAGAAUUAUUUUAUUAUUAAUAAACAUGUCAUGUUUAAUCUG